AUGUCGAUAUUCCGGAGACGGGCCAACAACUUCACCUCGACCCUCCCGAUCGGCAACGGCCGCCUCGGCGCCUCAAUCUGGGGCACCGCCAUCGAAAACAUCACUCUGAACGAGAACUCCAUCUGGAGCGGUCCCUUCAUCAACCGAGUCAAUCCCAAUGCCUAUGCCGCACUAUGGCCCGUUCGAACUCUCCUCGCAGAGGGAAAUAUCUCGAAGGGGAAUGAUCUCACCCUCGAUGAUAUGGUGGGGAUUCCGGACUCGCCGCAGUCGUAUAGUGCACUCGGAGCGUUGAGGCUGGAUUUUGGACAUGAAGAGGCUUGGGUGCAGAAUUAUAAGCGGUGGUUGGAUUUGAGCACUGGGGUGGUGGGGGUGGAGUAUGGGUAUAAGGGGGUGGGGUUUAGGCGGGAGUAUGUGGCUAGUUAUCCGGAUGGGGUUGUUGGGAUGAGGUUGUCGUCGAGUAGGGCUGGGGGUGUGGAUGUGGUUUGUGAGUUAGUGAGAGAUCGAUGGGUUGUGGGGAAUACGGCCACCGUGGUGGAUGGGCAUGGAGUGUUGGCGCUCACGGCCAAUGCGAGUGAUCAGGCGGAUCCGAUUCGGUUUACUGCUGGGGCGAGGUUUGUUGCUGAUGGAGGGCGGAUUGUGAGUAAUGGCACGGCUGUGGUUGUGCGUGGUGCCUCUACGGUUGAUAUUUUCUUUGAUACCGAGACUUCGUAUCGGUAUUCAAGUCAGGCGGAGUGGCAAGCAGAGAUCACCAAGAAGCUUGAUGCGGCUAGCAGGGCUGGCUAUGUUGCUGUCAAGGAAAAUGCGAUCGCUGAUUACUCUGCCUUGUCGGGGAGAGUUGACUUGAACUUAGGGUCCUCUGGGUCAGCUGGCAAUCUUCCUACGGAUACUCGUCUCGUCAACUUCCGGACUGAUCCUGACAGUGACCCUGAACUGGUUUCACUCAUGUUCAACUUUGGUCGUCACUCGUUGAUUUCGUCCUCCCGUGCGUCGGAGUCGCCAGCCCUCCCAGCCAACUUGCAAGGUCUGUGGAAUCAAGACUUUGAUCCGGCCUGGGGUGGCCGAUUUACCAUUGAUAUCAACCUCGAGAUGAACUACUGGCCUGCAGAAGUGACCAAUCUGGCGGACACAUUCUCUCCGUUCAUCGACCUGAUGGACAUUGUGAAAUCCCGGGGCCUGGAUGUGGCCGAGAGCAUGUACCACUGCAGCAAUGGCGGGUAUGUCUUGCACCAUAAUACCGAUCUCUGGGGCGACGCAGCACCAGUCGAUAACGGCACCGAAUGGACCAUGUGGCCCAUGGGUGCGGCCUGGCUGUCUGCUAAUCUGAUCGAACAUUAUCGGUUCACCCGGGAUGAGACAAUCCUGCGAGCACGCAUCUGGCCACUGCUACAAAGCGCCGCCAGAUUCUACUACUGCUAUCUCUUCCCGUUCGAGGGAUACUAUAUCACGGGCCCUUCAAUCUCUCCGGAGGCUGCCUUUAUCAUCCCAGGUGAUAUGUCCAUCGCCGGGAAUGAAGAGGGCAUCGAUAUCGCCCCGACCAUGGACAAUUCCCUACUGUACGAACUGUUCCAGUCUGUGAUUGAAACUUGUGAGAUACUUAAAAUCAACACCACCGACUGCACAAAUGCCACCUCCUACCUCGCCAAGAUAAAACCACCACAAAUCGGCUCCUCCGGCCGAAUCCUAGAAUGGCGUCUCGACUAUGAAGAGGCAGACCCUGGCCACCGACACAUGAGCCCGAUCUUCGGUCUGUUCCCGGGAUAUCAGCUCGCUCCGCUCGUUAACGAAACCCUCGCUGCUGCUGCAAAAGCAUUCCUGGAUUGGCGUAUCGCCCACGGCAGCGGUAGUACAGGCUGGUCACGAACCUGGACAAUGAAUCUCUAUGCUCGGUUACUCGACGGUGACCAAGUCUGGAACCAUACCCAGAUUUAUCUGCAGAGGUUUCCUAGUCCCAAUCUGUGGAAUACAGACUCUGGCCCAGAUACGGUGUUCCAGAUUGAUGGCAACUUUGGGUUCACCUCGGGUAUUGCAGAGAUGUUGUUACAGAGUUAUGAGAAAGUGCAUCUUCUCCCGGCAUUGCCGACUGCGGUGCCAAAGGGACAUGUGUUUGGGUUGAUGACGAGGGGGAAUUUCGUGGUUGAUAUGGUGUGGGAGGGGGGAGUGUUGAGCGAGGCGAAUAUCACGUCGCGGAGUGGGAGUGUCUUGGAUAUUCGGGUGCAAGGGGGUGUUGAUUUUACUGUUAAUGGGGAGGGAUAUACGGGACCCAUCGGUACUAAUAUUGGAAAGGUAUACACCGUUGUCCCUGUUUAGUCCUACCUCUAGUCUAUCGCAUAUAAAUUGCAC